UAAACAAAGAGUUGGGAAGGAAAGAGGAAAGAGCGUUGGAUAGGUUAAGGAUUGGGCAUAGUUAUUUAAGUGAACAUCUUUUAAGAUUGGGGAAACAUGAAGAUGGAAAGUGUGAAAAAUGUAAAGUAGCUGAAACAGUAGAACAUUAUUUAUUAAAGUGUGAGAAAUAUGAGGAGCAGAGAAGGAAAAUGGAGAGGAGGCUGAGAGAAAUGGAGGUAUAUGAAGUCAAUAUAAAGAAUUUGCUGGGAAGAGGGAAAGAGGAAGGGAGACUGAAUAGAGAAAGGAUACUGACGAAAUAUAUAAAGAAAACAGGAAAAGAAGGGAAGUUAUAAGAAAUAAAAAUGACAGAAAAAUAAAGUAAAACAAAGACAGACAAAGGACUACAGAUAGAGGGCGCUAAUCAUCUGAAAUAAUAGAUGGGAUGCGCCCUAUAGAUUAACCAGAAGAAGAAGACUAUGUGAUGAUCACAACCGGGCACGCCUACUCUAGUGACGCUAUCAUUUCGCUUCAGGAAAUCGAAGUGUUUGUUUGGUAUGCUGGGGAGUGAGAGGAUGUUGCGGUUGCUGAUUUUACAGGUUUUGAUCACCUACUGUUUAAACUAUUAGGUUGGGUUAAAAUGCAUCCUAUUAAUUUAUAUAUUUUGUUCGUUUACCUGCAUUAGGUUCUAAAACAGAGUCCAUUUUCUGUUUUAUUUUUAAAACUCGAGUGGAGCUGGAAAGUUACUCCUUGCAAAAGUAAAACGAGUCUGUUUGUUUUCAUUCUUUAUCACACUAGAAGUGCUGAUUUUAUAUGAAUGUUAAUUCUCCAGUAAAUAAAUACUAAAUUAAAACCAAACUAAAACCAGUGAAGAUGGACGUCAGUGUCUCCGUGUCGUUCUUUCAAGACGAGCUCGCCUCUACCAUCGAGCACGCAGUGAAAGCGGCUGUAGACACCGUCUUGUGCCAAAUCACAAAAGUUGUCGGCGACAAAUUCACUGAAUUCCGAAUGGAAAUGGCUGGAAAGGAGAAAGAGAAUGAAAGUCUGAAGCUGAGAUUGGAAAUAUCAGAGAGCGAGUUGAAAGCAGUGCGGGAAUGCAUGAACGCUGCAGAUGCAGACAUUAAACAACCUCUCAGAAACAUGAACCCCGACUGCAAUGAACAAGACUUUCAGAGGAACGAGAACCAGGGAUUAUUUCAAGAUCUCAAAGAAUCUGAAGCACAGGAGGGGCCAAGGAUAGAAGCAGUUCACACACAAGAGGAGUCCUUUGACCAGGAGUGGUGUGCAAGUCUAAAGCAGGUUACAGAGCUGACAUGUGUUAAAGAUGAAGAGGUCCCUCGACUGGAAUGUGUUCCUAUUAAAGAGGAAUUCAUAGAACAGGAAUGUGUCCCCGUCGCAGAGGAAGUUCCUACUGAAAAUAAUGUCUGUACACUUGAGGAGAACAACAAGCUGGGAUCCAGCCUGUGUGAUGAUUGUCCACCUGAAGGUGAACUGGGAUUUAGAGGAAGCACCUCGCCACCCGGAUCCUCGAUUCAGAACACAGAUCCCAAAGAGAGCCAUGCUAUACUUAAAUCUGAAGCACAGGAGGGGCCAAGGAUAGAAUCAGUUCACACACAAGAGGAGUCCUUUCACCAGGAGUGGUGUGCAAGUCUAAAGCAGGGUACAGAGCUGACAUGUGUUAAAGAUGAAGAGGUCCCUCAACUGGAAUGUGUUCCUAUUAAAGAGGAAUUCUUAGAACAGGAAUGUGUCCCCAUCAAAGAGGAAGUUCCUGCUGAAAAUAAUGUCUGUACACUUGAGGAGAACAACAAGCUGGGAACCAGCCUGUGUGAUGAUUGUCCACCUCAAUGUGAACUGGGAUUUAGAGGAAGCACCUCGCCACCCGGAUCCUCGAUUCAGAACACAGCUGCUAAAGGAAAUCGGAGAGGACGGGCUCGGAUUCCCUGUGCUGAUUGUGGGAAGAGUUUUAGUCGUUUAUCACAGCUUAAAGUCCACCAGCGCAGUCACACAGGAGAGAAACCUUUUUACUGCACUGAGUGUGGGAAGAGAUUCACACGAUUAGAAAGUCUUCAAUCACACCAGCGCAGUCACACAGGAGAGAAACCUUAUGACUGCAGUGAGUGUGGGACGAGAUUCAGUCGUUUAUCAAACCUUCGAAGACACCAGCGCCGUCACACAGGAGAUCAAAUUUAUCGCUGCACUGAGUGUGCGGCGAGAUUCAGUCGUUUAUCAAACCUUAAAAGACACCAGCGCAUUCACACAGGAGAGAAACCUUAUGACUGCACUGAGUGUGGGAGGAGUUUCACAUAUUCAAGUUCCUUCAAAAUCCACCAGCGGAUUCACAAAAAAGAGAAAUCUUAUCAAUGUACUGAAUGUCUGAAGAGUUUCCGUCAGUUAUCAAACCUGAAAAGACACCAAAAAAUUCACACAACAGUGAAGCCCUACCCCUGCCCUAAAUGUGCGAAGAAGUUCAGUCAGUUACAUGCACUUGAAGGACACAAGAGAAUUCACAGGAUUUAAGCCACUUGAGGACAUAGACACCAGUAAAUUGGACUAAAAUACAGAUAUAUUUACUGGAAACAAAAGAAUAAACUUGCGUAAUAAAUAGGGUUACUCCUAAUCACUUAAGAUCAAAAACGUUUACUCACAGAUGGAAAAUAUGAACUACUGCAUCUUGUCUGGACCGUUCAUCAUCUUGUAGAUCAUUCUGAUUUUGUUAUGUCACAUUAGUAAUCUAUGAAAUCGAUUUGUAACUGCAUCUGCAAGAUUACUAUGUGUAGAAAUGCAAAUAAAAUCGUCUAAGGGCAGAUAUUUUUUUAUCGUGGAAAACUAAAAUGUUUUUGCAAGUACUUGUUUUUUUCUCCUGUUGAAUUCUAACAUGAUUGAGAGCAUAGGCGCCUAACCCAUAGUGCACAGGGGAGGUAAACUGUAUUGUGCUCCUCUACGUUUUUGCUCCAUGUAUACACAGUGUUAUUCUAUAUAUUGUUAUGGUUUUGCCUUUUAAAUUAUUUAAAAUGUAAGAAAGGAAAGUCAUUCAGAAGACGGCAGAAGUCCUACACUGAUUUAAAAAAAAUAAAUAAAUAAAAGAACCAUACACACACAAUCAAACAGUCUGUAUAAGGAGGUUCAUGUUGAUGUGCGGCCAUGAACAGGUUUAAGUUCAACACCAACUCUAAGUAAAAUGUUGUUGCAGUGUGGUGGAGUACCUACUAACCCCUGUACAUAUUUUAUUAUUAUUUAUUUCUUAGCAGACGCCCUUAGCCAGGGCGA